GUUGGGUGGGACUAUAUCAGCAUACAAGAUAGUACCAGAUGAAAUAGAAGAAAUCAAGGAAACCCUGAUAGAUUGGUGUGAUGAAAAGGAACUUAAUUUGAUAUUAACAACUGGAGGAACAGGGUUUGCACCACGAGAUGUCACUCCAGAGGCCACAAAAGAAGUAAUAGAACGGGAAGCACCAGGGAUGGCCCUGGCAAUGCUGAUGGGAUCACUUAAUGUUACACCUCUGGGCAUGCUCUCUAGGCCUGUAUGUGGAAUCAGAGGUAAAACUCUCAUAAUUAACCUGCCAGGUAGCAAGAAAGGAUCUCAGGAAUGCUUUCAGUUUAUACUGCCAGCUCUACCUCAUGCCAUUGACCUUUUACGUGAUGCCAUUGUAAAAGUAAAGGAAGUGCAUGAUGAACUUGAAGAUUUACCUUCCCCACCACCUCCUCUUUCCCCUCCUCCCACAACUAGCCCCCAUAAACAGACAGAAGAUAAAGGGGUUCAAUGCGAGGAAGAGGAAGAAGAGAAGAAAGACAGUGGUGUUGCUUCAACAGAGGAUAGUUCUUCGUCACAUAUAACUGCAGCAGCCAUUGCUGCCAAGCAUCCAUUCUACACCAGUCCAGCUGUUAUCAUGGCACACGGUGAGCAGCCCAUUCCUGGUCUCAUCAAUUAUUCCCAUCAUGCAACAGACAGUGCAGAUGAACGGAUUCCAGACUCCAUCAUUUCUCGUGGUGUCCAGGUGCUCCCACGGGACACAGCCUCCCUCAGCACUACUCCUUCAGAAUCGCCUCGUGCUCAGGCUACAUCUCGCCUUUCUACAGCUUCCUGCCCAACACCAAAACAAAUUAGACGGCCGGAUGAAAGCAAAGGAGUUGCUAGUAGAGUUGGAUCCCUCAAAGUCCAGUCCAGGUGCAGCAGCAAGGAGAACAUUCUCAGAGCCAGUCACAGUGCUGUCGAUAUCACCAAGGUGGCUAGAAGACACCGCAUGUCUCCUUUUCCUCUAACGUCUAUGGACAAAGCUUUCAUCACAGUCCUGGAGAUGACUCCGGUGCUUGGGACAGAAAUCAUCAACUACCGAGAUGGAAUGGGACGAGUUCUUGCUCAAGAUGUAUAUGCAAAAGACAACCUACCCCCCUUUCCAGCAUCAGUAAAAGAUGGCUAUGCUGUCCGAGCUGCCGAUGGCCCAGGAGAUCGUUUCAUCAUUGGAGAAUCCCAAGCUGGUGAACAGCCGACUCAAACAGUAAUGCCAGGACAAGUCAUGCGGGUUACAACAGGUGCUCCAAUCCCCUGCGGUGCUGAUGCAGUAGUACAAGUAGAAGACACCGAACUAAUCAGGGAAUCUGAUGAUGGGACUGAGGAACUUGAAGUACGAAUUCUGGUGCAAGCCCGGCCAGGCCAAGAUAUCAGACCCAUCGGCCAUGACAUUAAAAGAGGAGAAUGCGUUUUGGCCAAAGGAACCCAUAUGGGCCCCUCAGAAAUUGGUCUUCUGGCAACUGUAGGUGUCACAGAGGUUGAAGUUAAUAAGUUUCCAGUUGUUGCAGUCAUGUCAACAGGGAAUGAGCUGCUAAAUCCUGAAGAUGACCUCUUACCAGGAAAGAUUCGAGACAGCAAUCGAUCAACCCUCUUAGCAACAAUUCAGGAACAUGGUUACCCCACAAUCAACUUGGGAAUUGUGGGAGACAACCCAGAUGACUUACUCAAUGCCUUGAAUGAGGGUAUCAGUCGUGCUGAUGUCAUCAUCACGUCAGGGGGUGUAUCCAUGGGGGAAAAGGACUAUCUCAAGCAGGUGCUGGACAUUGAUCUUCAUGCUCAGAUCCAUUUUGGCAGGGUUUUUAUGAAACCAGGCCUGCCAACAACAUUUGCAACCUUAGAUAUUGACGGUGUAAGAAAAAUAAUCUUUGCACUACCAGGGAAUCCUGUGUCAGCCGUGGUCACCUGCAACCUCUUUGUUGUGCCUGCACUGAGAAAGAUGCAGGGCAUCUUGGAUCCUCGGCCAACCAUCAUCAAAGCCAGGUUAUCAUGUGAUGUAAAACUGGAUCCUCGCCCUGAAUACCAUCGCUGUAUAUUGACUUGGCAUCACCAAGAACCACUGCCUUGGGCACAGAGCACAGGUAAUCAGAUGAGCAGCCGUCUGAUGAGCAUGCGCAGCGCCAACGGAUUGCUGAUGCUACCUCCAAAGACAGAGCAGUACGUGGAGCUCCACAAGGGCGAGGUGGUGGAUGUCAUGGUGAUUGGACGGCUAUGAUGUCACCGGAGGGAGAGAGCUUCGAUGCAUGUCCACAUAUCAUUGACUGUAUCCUGUAAUAUGCAACGGCACAGCUAGUUUUUCUGAUUUGGAUAAAAGUUGAUCUGUAUAGUCAACAUCUUGAACUAUAUUUCAAAAGAAUUUAAAUACCUUUUAAAGAAAAAAAAACACCUAAAAAUAAAUCUUAACAGACAACUCUAUUCUGAUUAUAUCAAAGCAAAUUUUUUCUUUCUUGCAAAUUGCUUUGUGUGUUCAAUGCUAGGUCUGAUAGCGAUAGCUUUUAGUAGACAGCAGUAGGUGCCUGCAGAACUUGUGUUUUUCUCAUCUUUAAAAUACAACUAAUUAUGCUCUUAAUCAAGGCUGUCUGCUUAUUUAUACUAGCGUAGGCAACACUUGGAUUUCCCUUCUUAGUAUGCUUCAUAACCGCUUUUCAGAGAGCUUUUGCUUGUUCUUUAUCAUGUAUCUCGUGUUUAUGUGCACAGUGCCAACAGAAGAGUGACCGGGUGGAGGCCCGGCCCUGCCGCAGGGAGCACCCUGCCCUGCAGAGCGCCCGGGAGGUGCCUCACCCCGGUAGCCUCAUGGCACAGUACUCUGGGGCGGUAACUGGAUACCUUUUAUUUGAAUAAACAAACUGGGGGGAAAAUGCUUCCUUAAGUGCUGACAGCCUUUUUAACCAAUACAUUUAAAAUUGUACAGAACAAAAAAUAAAAUCAAAGACUGAUCUUGUACAGAUAUUAGUGUUACCAGCAUUCAUGUGGAAAUCAAGAGCAAAGAAAAAAUAAUGUUAAACAACUCUGUACCAUAACAUUUUCUGUAAUGAUACCGAAACUUAAUGAAUAAAAAAAUCCUUGAUCAUUA